AUGUUGAAUUACCGAAUUCACAAAAACCUAUCCAAUAUAAAAUGGGUCAAUUUCUUUUCGCCAUGGGAACGUCAACGAGCCUACUUUGCGGUCCUAGUCUGGUUCGUGUUGAUCUAUCCAUUCUGCUGCCUCUGCCAAUUAGCCCCAUUUGUUCUAUUCUUCACUGGACAAUGGAUUUUUCUGGCGUUAUACGCUUGCUGGUACUAUUAUGAUAAGGAAUCUCCAAAACGAGGAGGUUAUCGAGAUAAUUGGUUCAGAAGGCUCUCCCUGCAUAAGUGGUUUGCAAAUUACUUUCCGAUCAGGCUUCAUAAAACGGUGGAAUUGGAUAAGAAACAGAACUAUAUUUUUGGCUAUCACCCACAUGGAAUUCUUGGAGUUGGUGCGUGGUCGUGCUUUGGAUUCGAUGGAUGUAAUGCAUCGCAAAUUUUCAACGGGAUUCGAUUCAGCAUCUGCACGCUUCCUGGCAACUUCACCGCUAUGUUCCGACGCGAAAUAUUGCUCAGUAUUGGCCUAAUUGAGAGUUCCAAGGAAUCUAUUGAAUAUGUGUUAGGCUCCGAGGAAAGGGGAAGGGCAGUGGUGAUUGUGAUAGGAGGUGCGGCAGAAGCUCUCGAAGCCCAUCCAGGGAAACAUACUCUUACAUUGGCCACCCGUAAGGGAUUCGUCAGAGAAGCACUGAAGACCGGUGCACAUUUAGUUCCAGUUUAUGCGUUUGGAGAAAAUGACAUCUAUAAACAAAUCGAUAAUCCAGAAGGGUCAGUGCUUAGAAAAAUGCAAGAAUGGGGUAAGAAGAAAAUGGGAAUCUCAUUGCCACUGAUUUAUGGAAGAGGAUAUUUUCAAAUGGCGUUAGGACUUCUUCCAAUCAACACAAGCGUGAAUGUGGUAGUUGGAAACCCUAUUGAAGUAAUGAAGACUGAAAACCCAGAAAAAGAAGUUGUGGAUAGGAUACAUAAGAGAUACAUGGAAGAGUUGGCAAAGCUGUUUGAUGAGCAUAAGGAGAGAUUCGGAGUUUCCGAGGAGACAAAUCUUGUUUUUCAGUAA